CUGGCUCGGUCAUGGCUGCGACUGCUGCUGGUGCUGCUGUGAACAUCAUGGCUUGAAAGUGGUUGUGUGAAUACCCCCCCUUCCUCAACAUUUUUUUUUUCUUUUGACGUGCGCGCAUCGUCCCUACGAAGGAAAGGCUGCCCGAACCCGGCAGGCUACACCGCGGCUCUGAAAUGACUCCCGGAGAGAACACGCAGCCCGUUUCGGACGAGGUUCCCGCGCCACCAGAACCUCAGGCGCUAUGCAUCAUUCGGAACAUGACCACACCGCUGGCACACAGCUCCAAGGUACCCGCGCCGGGCACCGGUGGGAGCAUGGCGAAGGUGACGAUGACCCUUCCAGCAGCGACAACAGCAGCAGAGUUGAUGGAGGCCGUGGGUCGCCAUUUCCAGUUCGCUUCGGACUCCUUUGAGCUGCUCCUUCAGAGGCUCACCGACGGCGACUGCGUUCCGGUGCAUACGUGUGAUGACAAGACCCUCCAAGAGCUUGGUUUCUACACAGAUGGCACGAACCGCAACAUACUAGUCAUGUAUGACCGGAACCGCGAACCCCCCAAGCGGCUGAUGGGACCUGAACUGGACGAGUGCAGUUCUUCCUCCUCAGCAGCAGCCGACUGGGUCCGCAACACUCGGGGCGCUGCCGGCGAGAGCAAGUACUACCCGGCAGACAGCAGGGAGGCCAUGGGUUAUGUGGGCCUGGUUAACCAAGCCAUGACCUGCUACCUGAACAGCCUGUUACAGACCCUCUACAUGACACCAGAAUUUAGGAAUGCGUUGUACAGGUGGGAAUUUGACGGCACGGAACAGGAUGCGGCAAAGAGCAUACCUUUCCAACUGCAGAAACUCUUCCUCUUACUACAGACGUCAUCCAAACCUGCAAUCGGAACAACGGAUCUUACUACUAGCUUCGGAUGGGACAGCAGCGAAGCAUGGCAGCAGCACGACGUGCAGGAGCUCUGCCGAGUCAUGUUCGAUGCGCUAGAGCACAAGUUCAAGCACACAGACCAGGCCAAGCUCAUCUGUCAGCUGUACGAGGGCAAGCUCAAGGAUUACGUCAAGUGCCUACAGUGUGGUUACGAGAGUGCUCGCGAGGACACCUUCCUGGACAUCCCACUGGUCGUGCGGCCGUUCGGGUCAAGUCAGGCGUACGGAAGCGUCGAGGAAGCCCUCCGCGCUUUCGUCACCCCAGAGACCCUGGAUGGCUGCAACCAGUACUCGUGCGAGCGUUGCAGCCGCAAGUGCGAUGCCCACAAGGGGCUCAAGUUCGUGCGCUUUCCGUACUUGCUGACGCUGCAACUCAAGCGGUUUGACUUCGACCCAGCCACCAUGCACCGCAUCAAGCUCAACGACAAGGUGACCUUCCCGGAGAUUCUAGACCUCAACCAGUUUGUGCGGUCUGAGAGCGAGACGGAGAGCCCCAGCGAUGACGCCGACACGACAGAUAGCGGGUCGGCGCUCGAUGAGGAGGCUGCGGUGACCUCGACGUCGUCUUGUCCGAGCAGCAGCCGGCAGACGAACGGGCCGUGCGAGGACAUAGGUAGCGACGACGAAGGCAUCGACGUGGGCAGUGGUAGCGGCAGCAACACGGACGCCGCGGCCAACGCUCGCAACCUGAAGCGGCCCAUUAACACGGGUCCAUACGUGUACGAGCUUUUCUCCAUCAUGGUGCACUCUGGGAGUGCCAACGGUGGUCACUAUUACGCUUACAUAAAGUCCUUUACGGAGGGCCAGUGGUACUGCUUCAAUGACGCCCAAGUGUCACGAGUGACGUACGAUGAGAUUCGCAAGACUUACGGUGGAGGACCGAGUCGAGGUGGCUACUACAUCAGUUCCUAUGCGAGCUCGACGAACGCGUACAUGCUCAUGUACCGUCGCGUGGACAAGGAGCAAAAUGCAGAGCCCAUGACACCCGACCAGUUCCCGGAGCACCUCAAGAUGCUGCUUGAGAGCAUGCAAGAGGCAGAGGAGCGGGAGCGGCAGCAGAAGGAGCUGGACCGCUCCAUGUGCAAGAUCAAGCUGUUCUGCUUUCACCCGCGCAAGCACACGAUGCAAGAGAUGCGGCUCAAGGUCCACAAGGACGCAUCACUGGCUGAGGCCACACAGACAGCGCAUCAGAUCAUGGGCCUGGAAGGUGUGGUUCCACUGGAGUGCUGCCGUCUCGUCAUGUACGACGACUGCUCCGAGUCUCUGGAGUGCUCGCUGGAAGAGGUGGCCCACCAGACCAUGGGCCAGAUCCUGGGCGGUGUCAAGUCCACGUACCCCUUCGACCUACUCCUGGAGAUUCGCAAGCCCCACGAGACCUUCCAGCCCUACAAAAUUGGCGGAACAACGGUGAAAGUGUACGUUGUUAAUGUGGAGGCCAACGAGAUUGCACGGCCGAUAGUUGUCCGUGGCCUCAAGACUCAGACAGUCGAGGAGUUCAAAGCCCAGGUAGCUCAGAAACUCGGCCUUCCCUCGAGCAACAUGCGGAUGGUGCUGGAGAACUACCACAGCAGCCUCGAACUGCUCACUGCGCCUGGACGUAUGCUGAAGUCGGAGGGCUUUGGCAAGAGUAAUACGGUGUACAUAGAAUUUCUCAACGAGGAGGAUGCCAGCCUGCCCUUUCGUGAGUCUCGGUUCUUCGAGAUUAUCGAUAGGAGUGUCAACACCAUCGUCAUCGGCGUCCACCUGCCACCAGAAGAGCACGUGUUGCAGGAGAAGCAGCACAUGUCCUCCAGCACUGAAUGCGAUCAGAAGUGCAGCAACGUAGAAGACGAAGGCGGCACAGGUGCAGCGAAGUCUGCGCAGCAGACGCAGACGUCCAACACGGCCCUGUCGGACGGCUAUGACAGCGACCUCUGCGAUUCGUCCUCCUCGGGCUGCCAUGGCGCAGGCGGCGACCACUCGGAGGAUUCUAGUCUCACAGACAGCGAGCGGACCCUCGUCGGCGAUGACAUAUCGCCGCGCAACAACUCGCCCGACCUCGCCGCGGACGACAAUGGCUGCUGCUCAGGCGACGAACGCCUGCCCAAGUUUGUGCCUUCUGUUGAAAUGACGGACCAGAUCAAGCGGAGCAUGCUUGAACCGAGCGGGAGCUCGUCUGCCGCUGUACCCACCGUUGCCGCAGCACCUGCUGGCGACGGUGCUGGUGUCUCAGAAGAGGCCAGCGGCUAUGCCUGUGGGGAUGCUGCGCAGUCCCAAGUUGAGGCAGCAGCCGCGAAAGAGGAACCACGACGCUACUUCCGUGCAUGGCCAUACACGGACAGGGAAGACAAUGCCCGCAGGCUUCGUGUCUACGUGGACAAGCGCAUCACAUUCGGGGCACUCAAGAAGGAACUGGAGCCCUACGUCGGCAUCGAUUCCAGCCACUUCAAGGUGUUCCGGGUGUACUCCAACAACCAGGAAUUCGAGUGCACCAAGCUGUCGGACAACCUUGCCUCUUAUGUGGAAGACACCAAGAUGGUAUCGAGCCCAAGUGGGCUGUUGUGUCCCUCACAGCUUGUGGUCUGUGCACAGCUCGUCAUCAAACUGGGGAGGGCGCUGAAGUCCGGCGAGCACCGCAUGGAUGUGUUCCUCCUGUCGCCAAAUGCUCCAGAGCCGAGCAAGUUCCUGCUAGACUGGAUCUUCAGGCAAGGCACGACGGUACUGCAGAUAAAGCAAGAGAUUCUACACAAGAUCCGUGAGCGCUGUGGUCGGGACAUUCCCCUGAACAGGUGUCGACUCAGGAGAAAGGUCUCUGGCAACCCGGGUUCGGUGUACCUCGACUCGGACCGGUUAGACAGCGAUGCCUCAAUGUUUCUCUCACACAAAGUAUUCCUCGAGGUUCUUCAAGGGCCCGAGAAGGUUGUGUCUGCAAACAGCCUGGUGCUGUUUGUACGCCGCUGGCGGCCUUCCACCUUCACCUUUGACCCCCUGGAGGAAGUGGUUCUCAACGAGCGCACUGUCGGAGCUCUCAAGGACGCGCUGUCCGAGCUGAGUGGUCUGGACCCAUCGGUCAUCGAAAUUGCUAAGUGCCCUGGUCAGUUCCCAUGCCCGGUGUCAUCGCUGACUGUGCACACAGAGAUGGAGUGGCACAGUUCUGCACCCUCCCUCAUCUCGUGGCCACUGUACAUAGGGGAGGACGGCCUCGUGGUGCUCUACCGCGACCGAACGGAAACUCUCAAGGAGCUAACAGAGGAGGAAAAGCAAGAAAUCUCCAGUCGAGAAAAUGUCAGGGCUCCCAAGGGCGUUAAGGCCGUCCCAUCCCCGAGGAAAGAGCGUGCGCUCAAGAUCUACACGGGCAGCCCGCCCAACGACAGCAGCGCGCUGUCCUCGGACACCAAGCCAAGCCUUCACUCUGUGCCUAUCGACCUGGACUGAGCAAGCAGCCACCCAGGAUCGCGACACUGCUGCCUAGUGGUAUUUUUCUUCAAAGAGGACACUAGUGAUCGACCGAGUGACUGUGACUAUGCGCGGCAGGACGAGUGCAGUGCCCCGCAGCAAAGACGGCAGUGACAGCAAUGGGGACCGUCUCGCCGGCUCCGGACUGACGCCGGCGACUUGUCUCUCCUCGUCAACAACGGAAACGUGCAUCCCGGUGCAGAAACUGUGUCAACAUCUCUUUCGUGUCAAAGAAGCUUCGACGGGCAGCUCGAAGCGUGCACCGAAAACGUGUCCACAUCUUAACGUGCCUCCUACCGUUUGCCUCCUUGCCGCCUUUGUUUUGCUGCGUCUAUUUCUUUUUUUAGCUUUUUUUUUAACGUAUAAGGAGACUUCAGCCACUUCCUCAGCAGUUCUGACACACUUUUUCUGUUUACUUUUUUCAAACACUUUUAUUCGCUGCUCUAGCCCAUCAGCUGCAUCUAUGCUGGCAGGUUUAUUCAGAAAGUGGCGAGGCCGACGACCUGCUCCAAACCCCUCACCACCUCUCAGGUACAGCAAGCUUUUUCGCAAGAUUUCGGAUCUCAGCAGCAGCCCCCCAUUUGGCUUUUUAUGCAGGGCUCGACUUGUACGCCGCCACGUAGGUUAACAUGUGGCUUUGAGUAAAUUGUGAUGCGUAGAAGAGUUUCCAUAUAGAAAGUUAUUAUGACUCGAGUUGUCUUAUAUUUCUUUUUUCUUCGAAGGCGUUUGUAAACGGAAAGUAACUAAACACACUCGUCGAAAUAGGUUGUCCGUACCAGGUGAGAGCAUUGGUAUUCAAGAAAAGCAUUGGAAUUUCGAAGCUCAUUUCAAAUUCCUGAGCAUUGUCGUUUUGCAAGUGAUUUCCUGAAUAGUCGGACUACUUUGGUCCUAGUUAUGAAUGCAGUGUUUUACUGAACAUUGUCAACCAGUGCUUUUUGAUGUUGUUUUAAAGUAGUUUCGUUUUCCUUAUCAAUGAUUGUGCAAAAGCUGGCAGUCUGACACACCGGUGAAGUAUUUAUCAGAUGUGUCAACAAAUAAUGGCACACUUCGUUUUAGGUUGCCCAAAAACAAGAUAUUCUAGUUCUGUAUAUGCAUAGUCUUUCAAAUGAAUGUUGAGAUGCGGUCACUCGGUGUAAAGUCCAUUUUAACUGCUUCAUCACCUGGUUUAAUUAUAGAGGUAUUGAGUACAUCAUAAACUAAAUACAUGUAACUGUGGCCAUAUAAAGAUUGGUAUGGGUCAUCCCUAAAAGCAUCCAGAGGGUGCUACAUAUAUAUAGAUUUGGCUGUUCUGGAACUGCAUCAAGCCAACAGUCAACUUUUAAUCUGGUGUUAAAGCAUUGCCAGUGCAUGAUCAUGAUGUGUCACCAUUUUACGAUGGUCCUGGAGUGCUUAGACUGUGUGACUCAUACCACCACGGUCUGUAGAGAGAAUAGCCCAGUUGCAUGCUGAAUUGCAGUAGCCAUUGUAACCAAAGACCACUGAAAUACUUCAGCCUCACUGGCUUUUUUGUGCGAGCACACAGCAGGGAGCCAAUGGGGCUCUUCAAUGGUCUUGAUUUAAAUGGCCUUAAAAGUGAGCAUGUGACAGUCGUGUAUUAUGCAGUCACACAGGAAUCCUUUUUGUGCGCACAUGCAAAAACCUGAAUUAGGCAAAUCUAGGCAAUUGUCGAGUUUUUUUAUGUGGCAGCAUAUUCAUUCAAUGAGCCGUUUUCUUCACCGCAAGUUCUUUUUUGGUUUGUCUCUGUUGUGUUCCCGUUUUAUUUCAUUUCUUAUUGAUGCGUUACAAUAACCUCUGCAGCCUGCAUUACCCUGUCUGUAAUGUCUAGUCUGCCCCGCGAAUUUGAAGACACAGGAUUGAGCUUUGCUUUUGUAACAUGGCAAAACUUUGAAAUGGUUUACCAUCGUCUUUUUUCUUCUUUUAUUUUCCUUUCGGUGUUUUUAUCCCUCGUGCAAGUUCAUUUGCCUGCUGCAGUACAGCAGGUGGUAAUUACAAGACGUGUUCAGCAAUCAUUUCUUUUGUGCACCUUUUACUGAGAAACAGAAAAGUGCAGUGUUGUUCUUCAGCAUCACCCAAUUUGCUCUUAAGCAGGAAGAAAGCAGUGGCCUUCAUCUGCAAAACGGUAUUAAAGUUUCAAUUUCACAAAAGCAACCAUUUUCGCACCGUCCAGCUCUCGGUGCAUUUGUUUAGCCGUGCAUUGUACUCUGAACAACAUUGUACAAUCCAUUUCAUGUGCUGACUUCGUUCUAGAUGAUUUAGGCCUGUUCUUUGAUCAAACAACUACAGGUCACUUUGUAUCCUAAUGAACAGGGUAAUCCAUCUUAGGCUUGUUUGUAGGGUUCCCAGAGCAGCAAGGGGGUGGUCUAUGUAGACUACCCUCUUGCUUUGCUGGGUAAUGUGCAUGAUCCUUUCCCUGCGAGAGGGUAUUCUCCAUCUUUGUAGAAUAACCUCUUCCGGGUGGAGGCAUUGUAGACUGCCAUCAUAGUCUAGGCGUUGUAGAAUAUCGCUUUGCUGUGCUGGGUAGUCUACGACUUCCGUUUAGCUGGCUCUAUUGCAAGGGUGUGGUCUGUCUUGCAAACUUCUGCCUUGCUGUUGAAACAUCGGGAACUUGUCAUCAUAGUUUAGGCUAUGCAGACUACCCUCGUGCUGUGGUUUGCAGCAAUUUCUCUGCUAGACUUUUUUUAUCCUGAAUGUGGAUUGGAGUCCUGUUAGUUCUCAGCGGACUAACGGUUCGCUCUGUUCAGCCAUUUAUUACAGUUUCUCCUAAAUCUGCAUGUGAAACACAGCCAGGAGGUUAGCUCCAAAAUAGGUUUUGUCUGUGGCUGCUGGACAUUUGAAAGCAGUCCAUCAACUUUCAGGGGGCGUACGAAAUCGACAGCGUUGCUGUGAUCGGCAGUGGAUUCACCUCUAUUGUUCACUGUAGCCGAUUGUAUCGUUCGGUGAAAAAAGGGUCGGAACACUGCUGAGGUCUCGCUUUAACCCAUUUGCUAGUCUAGAUUCCUAACAUUUUUCUGAGAUGCAGUUGUGGUACUAACUUUCAUGAAUGUGAUACGGUGGGCAGCCAGAACAAGCUGCCUUGGCGAGCAGCCAUUUUUGUGGUAAUGUGACUAGCUUUCCAAGAACACAUCCGAUGUAAGCAUUUGCCCAGACGGAGCACCACGUGAGUUUGGAAUGACUGCAAUGUUUUCCUAUGAGAACAGUUCCCAUGAUGUACUGGUGAUGGUGAAAGGCACUUGUGGAGUUGCCACAUGUGCAAAAAAAAUUGGUUUUGGUCGUUUCUGUAACGGCCAACAUUUUCGUGUGCCUUGUGGCAUAAGUUUGCGCCACGCAAUACAGGGCAGUGAUGUAUUGUGAUGCACUUAGAGCUCUGUAAUUGUAUUGGUCAUCAAACCUUGCCUGAAUACCCGGCUGGCUCCAGUGCCACCUCCUAGGACCAGGAAAUUAGAUUCUAGUAACUCUUAUCAAAACCUUGCUUCGUUAAAGAAUUAAUGUGUAAGUGGCUCUGCUGGCUAAACCACUGGAUUUUUGGUGCACAGGUUUCGCACAGAGGUAGCAUUCAACAUUAGUUUUGGUGCAGUUGAUAUUGCCUGCUUCGUCCAAAAUAAAGAGCAAGUGUCACACCGUCUGGUACAAUGCCAAACCGACAAUGUUUUUGAGCAUCAUGUUUGGGCAUAGUCAGAUAUUAUGUGCCUGCUUUGUCCAGAAUAAAGCAGAAGUAGUGAAUCAUCUGGUGCAAUUCCAAGCAGAAAAAUGUAGAUUUUCUCUGCUAAAGAAACAAUGACACCACUUGUCACCAGGAGGGUGAAAAGGGGUGCCACUGUUCCUUCCACUGAAAAAAAAUCUUCAUUUUUCAUCUAGUAUCACUACAGACAAUGCAUACUUGCAAUUCGAUCAUUUACUUCAACACAGGCAGUGCAACAUUCAAGCAUGGCGUCGAACAAAAUGCACCAUUAGAUGUCAUUUCUGUACGGAAUUUGAGCUCGAAUGAGCCAUUGGUUCAUCUGCAAGAGCUUUUUCAACCUGGAUCCCUUAUGAAUGAAACAGUCAUGUCUCACUGCUGUGUCGUAUUUCCUUCUACUCGGCUAGCGUGCGGAUAAGUGAUGCAGUUGUCCACAAGUAUAGGUAGAUUGUCGAGUCAUUAAGGGCUUAGUGUAAUAUUUCAACUGGUGUGAUGGUAGAGCUCUGAUGUCCUGAUGCCAUGUGGGUGUAACUUUAUGGUUUAGCUGCGAUAAGCUGCAAGGCAAAUACAUUUACUGCACGUGAGUUUAGUGUGUUGGAGGAUAAAACUAGACUGCAGUCACUGUCUAUUCCAUAAUGGAGUGUGCCACGAGAGAGGGAAGUGUCGCACGAGUGUUUGGGGGCAGUCAUCAUGAAGUGGCCUUUCUUAACUGCAUUGGCACGUAACAACUUAAAAGCAGACCUUUUUUUUUUUUUUUUCUGUAGCACUGGAUCUAAUGCUUAGAGAGCUUCUCAGCCAUUUUGUACAACCAAUUUCUAUAUGGGGCCUCUAAUGUGAAAGAAGACACGGGGGAAAUGCUUUGUCAAUGAAAGCAUGCCGGGGGAUUUUCCUUAUAAAAUUUAGAAAAUUGUUUAUGCUGUGCAGUGCUGCAAAAAGUGCCCUGUGAUAGAUUUUUUUUUUUUUCUCAGGCUCAUUAUCGUGCAUUGUGGCGCAUGGAGCUGAACACCGUCUGAUUGUGGUGUGUUCUUCAUUUGAAUUGAAAUGCUUGAAACAGCUCAAAGUUGAGCACUGGUUUAGUGGAUGUCGCUUCCGUUCAAGGGAAUGGAACCAGCUGAAGACUGUGUUGUUGUCACGGUUAUGCAUGAAACAAACUGGCCCGAGGUUUUACGUCCUGGUAGUAUGUAUACCAAGAAUAAUUGUUUUACCAUUCACCAUUUGGCUGAGGGGAAGAGACGUUUUCCCGGUGUGAAAGAAGUCGGCUGCUUCAAGUUUGUGUGUUCCCGGUUAAGAGCAUUUACAAAACGUUUUGUUCGUGAACCCGGCACGCAGAGCAUGCUACAUAAUGCAAGACGGGAGUUGUGUGCAUGCUUUUCUUUUUUUGUAUUGUGUGCGUGUAUGCGCAUCACGUACGAGAUGUGUCUGUAUAGUGGCUGCAGUUCAUGCCUUGACAGAUUGAUUACGGUUUUAUUAUUUAUUGAUAUUGAAGGGGGCACGUCGCGCCGGAAUAAA